UCAACCUACAGACAGUCAAAGAAUGAAUAAGGCAUGGUGAUGACGGAAAGAGAAAAAAAGUGAGUGUGUGUGUGAGAGAAAGAGUAUUCUUUGAUUGUUGUCUGAAGCCACACCCUUGGGUGGCUUUGGAAUCUCCUCCCUUAAGGUUAAAAGCAGAAGGAAUGACAAGGGUGUGAUUGCAAACUGUAACAGACAGGUGUUAAGACCUAAGCUAUUGUAAGAGUGUAUUUUAACUGUCAAACAAGUAACAAAACCGUCUGUGAAGCUGAAGUAACAAAAUGAGCAGGUAUUCUUCCACAGUCAAGAGCACCUCUCUCCUGAAAGACAACAGCUGGAUCAAAAAAGUGGAUGAUGAGGAUGAAAACAUUGACCGCGAUUUAAACUUUGGCAAAUCUGUUCUAGGCCAGCACCCGACUGAUGGAACUCCUGCAGGUUCAGAGAGUGAAGAAAUAAAAACCACCAGAACUACAAGCAAUUCAACAUCUGUGCAGGCUCUCUCCAAGAGAUUCAGCGGCAGUCAGGAUGAGCUGAGGAGCAGUAACAACACCUUCCCUUCCAGUAAGAGUUCAUCCUCCUACACCAAAAGCACAUACUCAACCCUGAAGUCAGAUUCUCCCAGCAGCACCAGAACUACCUCGGUCUCCAAGGACGGCACAACCACUGAGACCACCACCACCACCACCAGUCUUAGAUCCCCUGUGAUAAAAGGUUCCACCAAGACUGAGACGUUCACUGAGCGGGUCAAGUCUUCAAGCAAGGGUGCGGAGGACAAACUUUACAACACACUCAUCCCCUCGUCGAUCAAGGGGGAUUUAUCAUCCAUAGACAGCAAAACAUCUAUCUCCAGUACUAAGACUGUGACAGUCAAAAGCAGCACUAAUGGAAAUGGUGUUGAAACUACAACCACGACAAAGACUUCCUCUGCAGCCGAGGAUGACUUGUAUGACACCCUCCUGCCGAGAUCCAUUACAUCUGCAUCUAAUCUGUCUUCUUCUGUCAGCAGCAGCAACAAUAGCAGCAGCAGCAUCACAAAGAGAGAGAUCAUCACAGUGGAGAGCAGCAAAGGAGGAGAAACCCCAACUCUCUCAUCUUCAUCCUCCAAAAGCAAAACCACCAGCUACAGCUCGUACACUGAUGAUCUUCCCUCCACCCGCACCACCUCCUACACCAUUAGCACCAAGCCCAGUGACGACUACGGUGACCGUCAAAGCUUCUCUUACUCCAGACCAGACUCUAGUUAUGAGUACAGCGGUAUCACCAGUCCCACUGUCUACAGCUCAUACAGGAGCAGCAGCAGGUCAGAGGACAUGGUAGAUUCAAUCUACCGCGAAUCCUCAAUGAAGAGUGUCUAUGCAGCUCCUAAGAGGGCUGUGCUUGAAAAAGACCUGUGCAGUUACUGCCGUAAUCCCUUCUCUGGUGAUGCAAAAAUGGUCCUGGAUGACAUGAAUAUCAACUGCCACGCCUCCUGCUUUAAAUGUGAGGUGUGUAACAGCAAUCUCGGUAAUAUGAAAGCUGGGGACAGCAUGUGGAUCUACAAACGAAUGGUGCACUGUGAGAGCUGCUUUGAGGUCACCAGAGACAAAUGGCGACGCUGAGUUUCUCCUAAGCUUGGAGAUCCACAUCAUUACAGAUAAAAUGGAGAUUACUGUUUAUCAAUAUGUUUUGGGUGACAUGGGUUUUCUUUAUCUAGGUGUUUUGAAAAAGGACACAUUAUGAAUGAAUAUAACGUUUUUAGUAUCAUGCACACACCGUUUCAGCUAUCUGUAACUGUGUUGUUGACAUCAUAAUAUUCCUGUCUCUGUAUUUACCUCUUUUUCAGAAAUAUGAGAUAGCUCUUCUAAUAUUGUCUUUUAGUCUGAAGCCUUUAAGGGGACUAUUGAAAUAUAUUUGGAGAAAUUGAAAUUAAGAUAUUUAGGGCCGGGUGCUUUUUCUGUGUGCAAUAAAUACAAUCAAUAUAGCUUUAUCUUACUGUGCCAGUUCAUUUAUUUGCCCUGUUCUUUGUUCAUCAUUGUUUAUGCAUAUGAUGAAUAGUGAUCUGAGGUACGUUUUAUUUCUUUUUAUUGUCUUGAAAUGUGCCAUUUAAACUGCAGUGUAAUUAAUUUGAAUAAAGUAAAUAACAAACUGUAAAAAAA